UUAUUUCUUAUUUUUUAUUUUUCAUUUUGUUUUUUAAUUUAUAAUCUCUCUUCUGUGUUCUUCUCUUUCUCCUCUCUUCUCUGCUCAAACCUUCUUCUUUUGCCUCAUUUCUCUCGUUCUCUCCAAAUUCUUCAUCUGGGUCACUUUUAUUUUCUCGGAAAAUCUCAUUUUUCCGAGAAAGUUCACUUCUUUACUUGUAAAUUCAUACUCCCCAAAUCGGUUGACUCAGCUGAAAACACAAGCUGAUAUUGUUAGGUUUAUCUCUGUGAAGAUUAGGGUGUUCUGGAUUGGCUCUGAUUUUGCUGCAAUGGAGAAUAAGGAACAAGUUGAAGGCACAAUUAGUAAGUGCAAUUCCAAAGGUGGAUCACAGUCUGAGAAUGUUGCGAAGACGCAGGAUAUACCUUCUGUUGCAAACAACCUUACUCCCAAGGUGAGGAAACCAUAUACUAUCACUAAACAAAGGGAGAAAUGGACUGAUGAAGAGCAUCAAAAGUUUCUCGAGGCUUUGAAAUUGUAUGGUCGAGGCUGGCGUCAAAUUGAAGAACAUAUAGGAUCCAAAACUGCAGUUCAGAUUCGAAGCCAUGCUCAAAAGUUUUUCUCUAAGGUUGUGCGGGAACCUGAUGGCAGUGCUGAAAGCUCUAUUCAGCCAAUUGACAUACCUCCUCCCCGGCCGAAAAGGAAACCCCUUCAUCCAUACCCUCGCAAAUCAAUCGACUCUUUCAAAGGACAGUCGGCCCCGAAUGAAUCAGAAACAUCUCCAUCCAUUAACCUGUCAGUUGCAGAAAACGAUACCCAAUCUCCCACCUCCGUACUAUCUGCACAUGGUUCUGAAGCAUUUGGCUCAGCAGCAUUUUCUGAGCAAACUAAUAGAUGUCUUUCUCCAAAUUCUUGCACCACUGAGAUUCACCCGGUCAGCUUGUCACCUGUUGAAAAAGAAAAUGAUAGCCAGACAUCCAAACCUUCUGAGGAGGAAGAGAAAGGGUCUCCAGCUUUGGUUCCUUUAUCAACCGACUCAAAACCACUUAUGUGCUUGAAGUCCGAGAUGAUUUCUUCAGAGGAAACACAACGUUUCAGAGAAGAUGCUGCAAAUAUGCCACACAUCACUUGUAUUAAGCUGUUUGGUAGAACAGUCUCUAUGGUAGGUACUGAGAAGUCAAUAAAUGAUGAUGAUGAAAAUAUUAAGCCAAUAGCUAUGAAAUCUGAUGAAAUUGUUGAGAACGAAAAGGUUGGCCAAGAAGCGAUAUCAGAGCAGCUAGAUACACAAUUAUCACUAAGCACGUGUAGUGCUAAUUUGCAUAUAAUACCUGAUGAAGCUCAAAUGAGAAGCACGGAACAACCGAAGGAUAAUCUAUACGUCGGCGGCGCAGCAUCUUUACCAUUGUGGAGUUUGUACCAAGGCCUUCCAUCUUUCAACCUCAAGCCAUGCAAUCAUGAGAUUAUAAAUCCUGUGCCUCUUAGACCCUCUUUGAAGAUAAGAACAAGAGAAGAGGAAAGUUCUUGCACUGGUUCAAAUACUGAAUCAGUCUGUGAUAUGGAAAAUCAAAGCAAGAACAACUCAUCGGAUACGGAUGAUUCUCAAAGUCAAAAACAUCAUCAAGAAGGAGUAGUAAUUAAGAAAUCUGGAAGAGGAUUUGUACCAUAUAAAAGAUGUUUAGCUGAAAGAGAUGAAAAUUCUUUAAUUGUUGGCUUAGAAGAAAGAGAAGGACAAAGAGCUCGUGUGUGUUCAUAGCUUUCUAUUCCAUUUCUUUUCUUACAAUGUUCAUUUUGUUUGUUAAAAGAAACUUCCUGAGAAUAAAGAACUGAUUUAGGUAGCUGUGAUCUAAUUUUUGUCUAAUUGUUAAGUAUCUGAGUUUCAAUUCUUUUUGCAAUGCAUAUGAUAUUUUGUAAUAUCUUCUACUUUAUGUCUAAUAAUUCUUCUGCUGUUCAACCAAA